GUCAGUAGUCCAGCGUCACCUAAAGAUGGCGACUACCAGGAAGAGGUGGGAUUGGGAGUUGGAGACGUUGUGGUAGUUGAUUGUGUGUGAGUGAAUGGGAUGUUCCUGUAGAGUUUCUGUCCUGUGUGUGUCUGUGGGUGGUGAGAAUCGGCUCGAUGAGUGGUAUCGGAGUUGAUAAAGAGAGGUUCCCACCCUCUGCCCUGUUGGGAUGGAUGAUGCUGCUUACUGUGUCCUGCGUUGGACUGAGGAUGGUGGGAGCGAUGGAGGAAGAGGAGAAGCGCCAGCUCAGGGAUCAAGUACUAGAAAUGUUUGAUCAUGCUUAUCAAAAUUACAUGGAACAUGCUUAUCCAGCUGAUGAACUAAUGCCCCUGACAUGUCGUGGCCGUGUGCGUGGUCUGGAACCUAGUCGUGGUGAUGUGGAUGAUGCGCUUGGCAAGUUUUCUUUGACUUUAGUUGAUACCCUGGACACCCUUGCACUGCUGAAUCAAAUAGAAGAGUUUGAAGUUGCUGUGAAAAGGGUUAUAAGUGAUGUUCACUUGGAUAACGAUAUUGUAGUCUCGGUCUUUGAGACCAAUAUUAGAGUGCUUGGGGGUUUGCUGGGAGGCCAUACAAUGGCUCUUAUACUGAAAGAUCAAGGUGAGCAGAUGCAGUGGUAUAAUGAUGAACUACUCGAUAUGGCAAAGGAACUUGGUUACAGGUUAUUGCCAGCAUUCAACACUACCAGUGGACUUCCCUAUCCUAGGGUCAAUCUGAAAUAUGGCUUGAGACGACCUGAAGCUAAAACAGGUACAGAGACAGACACCUGUACAGCUUGUGCAGGGACCCUGAUUCUGGAGUUUGCAGCUCUGAGCAGACUCUCUGGAGAUCCAAUUUUUGAGCAACAUGCACGGAAAGCCCUAGACUUUUUGUGGGAAAAAAGACAGCGUAAUAGUAACCUGGUGGGAACAACCAUUAAUAUCCACACUGGAGACUGGGUCCGCAGAGAUAGUGGAGUUGGAGCUGGGAUUGAUUCAUAUUAUGAGUACCUCUUCAAAGCAUACAUUCUACUCGGUGAUGAUGGUUACUUACAGAGAUUCAAUACUCACUAUGCUGCAAUCAUGAAGUAUAUAAGUCAACCCCCACUCUUGCUGGAUGUUCACAUACAUAAGCCAAUGCUGAAUGCACGGACGUGGAUGGAUGCUUUGCUAGCGUUUUUCCCAGGCCUACAGGUGUUGAAAGGAGAUAUUCGUCCAGCCAUAGAGACGCAUGAGAUGUUGUACCAAGUUACGAAAAAACAUAACUUCCUGCCAGAGGCCUUUACCACUGAUUUUAGGGUUCACUGGGCUCAACAUCCCCUCAGACCUGAAUUUGCUGAAAGUACCUACUUCCUAUACAAGGCUACAGGCGACAAAUAUUACUUGGAAGUGGGAAAGACCAUCAUUGAGAACCUGAACAAGUACGCUCGCGUACCGUGUGGCUUUGCAGCAAUGAAAGAUGUUCGGACAGGAAGCCAUGAAGACAGAAUGGAUUCCUUUUUCUUGGCUGAAAUGUUUAAAUAUCUGUACCUACUGUUUGCGGAGAAAGAUGAUGUUCUGUUUGAUGUUGAGGAUUAUAUAUUCACCACUGAGGCCCAUCUAUUGCCACUUUGGCUCUCUACUAAUUUUACCACAAAUAGGAAUAAUCAGACGGCAGGUUACAUAGAUUUGGACGACAACAACUUUGACUGGUCUUGCCCUAAUACACAGGUUUUGUUUCCAAAUGAUCCCUCUUAUGCUAACAGCAUUCGUGAACCGUUUAAAAACGUGGUGGACAAAACUUGCCCAAAGGCCAGCAUCCGACAGGAAGUAGGUGAUGAUCCUGGGACCAGGUCACAUCUGAGGGCCAGGGACUUUAUGGCCAACAAUCCUGAACAUCUUGAGUUACUGAAGAAAAUGGGAGUCAGUUUAAUUCAUCUGAAAGAUGGCAGAGUCCAGUUGGUUCAGCAUGCAAACCAGGCAGCCAGUGCCCAUGAUGCUGAGGAUGGCCUGCGCUUUAUGCAGGAGAUGAUUGAAUUGUCCAGUCAGCAACAGAAGGAACAGCUGCCACCUCGAGCUGUUCAGAUUACCUCCCACCCAUUCCUUGGUAGAGUGGUACUUACAGCUGGACCCGCACAGUUUGGAACAGAACUUUCUAAAAUUACCAAUGGGGUGCGUGGUUUUGUUGCUAAAUGUGAACCCUAUAAUGGCUGCUCAGAGAUAUUAAAUCCUGAAUUAAUAAAAGGAAAAAUUGCCCUAAUGCAACGAGGCCAUUGCAUGUUUGCUGAGAAGGCACGGAACGCACAAAAAGCUGGGGCAAUAGGUGGCAUUGUUAUUGAUGACAAUGAAGGAAGCAGCAGUGAUACAGCUCCCCUUUUCCAGAUGGCUGGUGAUGGAAGGAAUACUGAUGAUGUUACGAUCCCAAUGCUUUUCCUCUUCAAUAAGGAAGGACAUAUUAUACUCAAUGCCAUGCAGGAAUACCAGGAUGUGGAAGUGCUGCUGUCAGAUAAAGCUAAGGAUAGAGCCACAUUUAUUAAAGGUAAAAGAAUUACAAACUACAUUAGCAAUCUGGACGUGAAAGACUCUGAACAGAAUUCAGAAGAUGACUUGCAGUCCACGGGGCCAAAACCAAACAGUUUUGAUUGUCAGAAUGAAGCAACAUCAUACGUUAUAAAUCCUCGUGGUGAGAAACCAGAUGAAACAACAGGUCAGUUGGAUGCCAGUGGUCAGCCAAUCGUGCCUGAUCCAAAAACACAACAAAAGGAUGAUUAUUUGUGUGAGUCAGAUCAGAACUCAAAUACAGCUACCACUGAUGCGUCAUCAAAUACUGCUGAUGCGAGGGAUCAGGAUGUACAAAGGACAGAUUGUCAUGGCCCUGUUGACGAUGAACAGGGAUCUUGUGCUCAUACUUCAGAAUAUGGAAAGGAGGAGACCGAGGGUGAAGUAGAGGCAGAGCAAGAAUCCAGUCCAAAUAUCAGCCAAGAAACAGAGGCUCGGACAGUUGACUCCUUGUUAUCAGACUGGAAGGAAGAGAUAGAUGCCUUUGAAAUGAUGGAUAAGGAUGAACUAUGACCGUGAAUCAUAAUGUAAUGGCAUACUUUCUUUUCCCUUGAGGAUCUGGGUACAGUUGUGCACGGUAACAUUCCCUGACCAACUGGAAGAAUCUGAUCAAUUUCUGAUUUGUAUCUACUUAUGGAAAGAUCAGGAUUUGCUGGUCAUUGUUUCUGCCAGGUCAUUACAUGAUUCAUUUGAAGAUGCCAGUCACAUUAAUUCCUGACACAGAAUGCCUUGGGUUCAGCUGGUAGAGAAAUGUGCAGAAGUUGAGGGAACUGUAAUUGUGUUGUUUUGUUCUACUUUCUUCCUCUCAUCUACACACGCACAUUUUCCUUGUUGCUGAGCAGCAAUAUCUUGUUUGUUGCAGAUUUACAUUAAAAAUCCCACAGUGCUGUGACAUUUAUCCAGUGUAAUAUAACAGGUUUAUAACUGCUUUCCAGAUUGGAAUGCGAAAUUGCUAAAUGUAUGGUUUUAACUCCAUAAUUAGUGAAGUAUGAUUUUACCCCACAUGUUUUCUUUGUUUUUGAAAUAUUUGGUAAAACUUAGGUGCAAUGAAAUUUGGGCAACACUAUUCCAACUAAUUUGAUAAAAAGACAAAAGUUACGUGCACUGAGUUUUGCCAUCUAUUAUUUUGGCACUUGUAAAAUUUGAUUCUGUUUUCCAAGUGUUCAAUCUUAACUGUUCACUGUUUUAUUCUACCGUUUUGGUCUUUGAGCUUUUUAUCAUCUGUGUGUUAUGCUACAAGUAUAAUACCCAGUGUAUUCAUGCAUGAAGUAAGGACUGACAUGGGGAGGGGUAAUGUUUUACCCUUACACCAAUGAACAAUACUGGCUAGAUUUUCUUGGUCAGGUGAAGAUCCUGAAGUUGAUUUUGGUUCUAAGUCAGGAAACCUGGAAGUAACUGCAGCAGGAUGUUCAUUACUAUUGACUUGGUUAGUUGGUCAGUAAUGAAGUCAGGUCUGCAGACCCUGUCCAACUGUGGUGGAUAGAUCAGGGAAGCAGGAAACUAAUAGGGCAGUUUGCAGUAAUGUCUGGCCACCGUUCCACUGGAGCAGAGAAAGAUCCGAGAGCACCUCACAUUUGAUGUGUAAUGUGGACGCUUUUCAGGAUGGAGGAAUCAACUUCUCCAGAACAACAUAGGCUGACCAGAGUCCUUGUAGACCUUGUUGUCACCAAAUGCAACCUGCAGUGGUCACGAACCCCCUUGCAUGACACUGCCUCAAAGGAACUGGCGGUCUUCUUAAUCAGAAGAGGGCCACACCGACAGAGGGUAGCUGCUGUUGCCUUCAGGGAAAAGAAAAGCCAUAAGUAGGAUCUUAACUGAACUAAUUAAGUUAAUGGUCUCCAUGGAGCAUGCUGUUGACUUUACUCUAGCUUGGCUCACUAAACUUCCCACAGGUGGGAUGGUGAUGGGGAGCCAUCCCAAAGAAGUUUCCCCCUCUUUCCUGUGCAUAUGUGUGCAUGCACACACUCCAACUCUGUAAGCUCUUCUCCAUCGACCUGAAAUAUAAUCUUUUCUGGGUUCUUCAGUUCAUUGGAGAUUAACAGAAUUCAUAGCAGUAGAAUUAUUCAGUUAGCAAUUCCAGUCUUGGGCAAUUGGUUGGUUUCCAACCACCAAAUGUCACCUUCUCCAUACCAGUGAAAUGGUGAAGAUGUACUGCAGGGGUGGACUAACCUGUAGGAUCGUUUUGACAGCAGCUCAAAAAAAGGGUCUGUUAAUAUAUAAAAGUCUAAUUGACUUGCAUAAAGCCACAGAACAGAAUAUUAUUUUACAUUGGUACCUUGGAGUUUAAUACUGUAGUGUUUAAAAACAUUGUUCCAGUAAAAUGUUCACGAGGAUUCCCAAAAGAUAACUGGUUGACAUUGAGCACUUUGCAGAAGUAUUUAUCUGUUGCAGAUUUCUUUUCCCAUUUAUGAUGACCUGGAACGUGCGAAUUAUUUGACCUUGGCAUGUUUCAAUUUUGAAGCAACGUUUGUUGAUCCAUAGGAUUUUGAACAAUUUCUGUCUUGUCUUUCUGUCUAAUGCAAUGAAACCCUGUAACAGUUAGCAUGGUGGUAUCGUGUAAUAGGUAAUAGCUGUGGGAUGCUGUGCAAUUAGUCAAAAGGACACUGACACUAACCUGAGUACUCCUUCAAAGUGGUUCACCAUGGUACCUCAUGUAUAGAAACAACUAACUUGAUAAAUGUUUUUAUGCUCCUAGAACAUGCAACCGUGUCAAAAGCACCUUUAUGAAUGCAAAUCAUUACUUGUUGUCUCACUGUUCUUCAAUAUGAUGAGUUAAGUUGGCAACUGUGUGUCAUCCAAUGUUUUGCUUGGGCCUGAAACUCUGCUGUUGAAUUAGCUGAUCCCAUUUGAAGGGCUACAACUGGUGUCAUCAUCACUAGCCCAGGGAAUAGAAAAAGUGGAUAAGGAAUGUGAUAUCUCCCAGGAGAAUUUCUGGCUGAAGUCAGCAGGUUGAUUCUUUGGCAGUGAGGCAUAUAGUUGUUCCUUUUGGCUUUUAACAUGUGGACAUGCGAAGAAUAAUAGUCACUUGGGUAAAGUACAAGGAAGUUGCCAGCAGUUGUAAAACAGUGUCAAUACAAAGGUAUGGAAAGAAGAAAUAAGGUAGGAGGAUUUUCAUUUGAAAAAACACAAUUUUGUCUCUUGCGUCUGAUUUUUAUUUUCCCCAACGAAGUUUGUUUAUUACAAUUAAAAUGUUUCUAUCCAGCAUUCUUGGUCAACAUUAUGACUUUGGAUACAACCGUUUAUGAUCGGGACUUUGCUUAUUGCUAGUGUAACACAGACCAGUUCAUUGCUGAAAGUCCUUGUGAAAUAAUUCUCUACGCAUUGAGGGUGGAGUUACUGCCCAUUUUUCAAUUAUCACAAUGUUUGAUAUCUUGGAAUUUUAUUUCAACUGUUGAAUGCAUUAGAUAUGUCAGAUCUUGAAUACACAUGUUUCCCAGUUUGUGGCUUAGUAAUCUACUGUAUAUGAAAAUCUACUGGAGCCAGCAGUGUGGAUCCUUCAAGAACUCUAGUGACCUUUGCACAUUGGGAAAAUGUGCACAUCUUUUUUGUUCUAUGAAUGUUUUUAUUACAAAGGCUUCCUUCACAAUAGUCAUAGAAAGAUUGACUUUAUUGUUUAUUUUCAUUGAAUAUUGAAAGCUUAUUUUAUUCUCCCAUUUACAGUGCAGAAAUGCAGUAGUUUUCAGAGGGUGACCUGCCUAAGAACCUUUUAGAAAGCGAGGUUGCUCUUUUGCAGUACUGUCAUUGACAAUUUAUAUGUCACUGUUAUUGAGUUUUGGAUAAUUAUUAUCUGUGAGUCAUCAAUUAUGCACAUUUUCAGAGUGCUUACCCAUGUUAGUCAGAUCACAUGUUUUGUCAACAGAUGAUACAUCUGUUAUGAUCUAUAAUUCCCUUCUAAUUUGGAGCAGACAUCUGGCAGAUGUAACAAGAGCUUUCACUUAAAUGUUGCCGAACACACGAGGUAUAGACUUGGUUGUUAAUUUAUUGACCCAUAUGAUACAAUUAUUGUCCUAGCAGAUGUAUUAGGGAAAGAAUGUUUUUAAAUUCUAUCUACUUGUGUAUUUUCCAGAUUUAAUAAGGAAAAAUGCGUCUGCAGUAAUUAAAUUGUUACUUAACAGUUAAAUGCAACAAAAUUAGGGACUGAAAUCACUUUAUUUUAAAUUGGAAGGGGCAAUUGGCAUAGAAUUUGACUGACUGUAAAAUCCAGUAGGUUGCGCUGUCUUUAUCUGUUCUCCCUUUGCAAUGGUUCUGCAGUUUGGCCAACCAACCCUUGUAAAAUGGGUUAACAUCAUGUGAUGGAAAUGCGCAAUUAAGGCACUCAUUAGAAAAACUGCUUAAUAUUUUUAAGAUGUCUGUGUAUAAACGAAAGUGAUGGGUAGGUAUUUGUCUUUUCCUAAGGUUUUAAUCUGAAUUGAAAUUAGAUUUCACAUUGAGUUCUGUUCCUUCAGUGUGAUUGUGGCAUUUCUGCAUUAAUCAGACAGAGUAUCUGUAGAAUUUACACAGCAGGUACAGUGCAGUGUCUUUCUCUUUUUUUAAAAAAAAGUGUAUGCACCUCAAAAUCCUGUAAAUAAAUGGACAACUGUAAAGUGUAAGCUGUGAUGUAAAACAGUCUGGUUAAUUUUGUAGAUAUGAUCACUGUACAUAUUUGUGCAUUUGAUUACUGUGAUUACUUACUGUAAAAAAUUU